AUGGCUUCAGACACAGCAGCCAUUGACCGCCUGCAGGCGUCCGCCGUGGACGGGCGGACGGAGAACGGGCGCUACCGCCAGGACCAGCUCCAGCGUCUUCACAAGGCACUUCGCGAAAAGGCCAGCCAGAUAACCGCAGCCCUCGUGGCGGACUCCAAGUCACCCAGCUCCGAGGUGGACGCCGAGUACUACCUUGGCAUGGAGGCCGUGAGGCACUUCUACGACAGCCUGGACUUUGAAAAGGAUCUCAAGGAGGAGUACAGUGUUGUGCGCGGCGAGGACAACCUGACGAGGAGAGUUGGCGCCGGGAUGGUGGUCAUAAGACCGACCUCUCACACGCGCUUCUACUCGAUUGUCACUCCGCUGGCAGCUGCUAUUGCGGCAGGGAAUUGUAUUAUACUCGAGCUCUCAGAGACGCUGUCGCAAGUAGAUUCGGUGCUGCGCCAGGCCCUCACAGAAGCGUUGGACGUGAACACGUUCUACGCCAGCAAGACCACCACGGACCAAUCCGUCUUGGACGGUGCGGUCCUGGUCGACCAGACGGGCAACGGGCCCCCAAGCACACUGACAACCCAGCUCCUGUCCUCGUCGCAGACCCGCUGCGUGGCCAUUGUCGACCGGAGCGCAAACAUCGACGAUGCCGCGAGAGCCAUCACAGCCGCGAGGUUCAGCUUCGGCGGCACAUCACCGUAUGCGCCGGACCUGGUGUUGGUCAACGAGUUUGUGAAGAAGGACUUCUUCGAGGCGUGUUCCCGGUAUGCGACGUCGUCGUUCGCCAGGGACAGCAGCGUCAAGCGCGCGGGUGGGGAUCGCCGCGGAGACGUCCAAAAGGCGAUCAAGGACGCCGAGGACAGGAAGCAGGUGUCGAGCUUUGGGUCCAACGACUUCAAACUGGUCGACAUCGUGGACAGGUCAUCACCCAUCAUGGACCUCAAGAUCACAGGCCGCUAUCUGCCCAUCGCCACAUGCUCGAGUCUCACAGACGCCAUCUACAACCGGGACUUUGAGAGCCCAUUGCUGGCGGGCUACCUCUUUGCCGAGCCGGGCUCAGCCAAGUACCUGGCGCAGUUCCUGCCCUCCUGCAUCUCGCUCAUCAACCAGAUCCCGACGCACCUCCUCGUGGGGCCGGCGGCGCCCACGGCACACGCGCCCGACUUUGAGCACCGGUACAGCCGGGACAUGUUCUCGGCGGCCCGGCCGCAGUUCGUGCGGAAGCCGGCGGCGGCGCUCCACAAGGCCGACGAGCUGCUGUCGGGCGGGCCCAACAGGGGCGGCGUGACGGCGGCGGCACUGCGCGAGGCGGCGACCAGGCCGCUGGCGCCGGUGAAGCAGUCGAGCAACAAGGCUGUGGGGUUCUUCGAGCAGGGCAUACUGACGGGGGCGGCACUGUACCUGUCCAUAAUCCUGCCGGUGGUGGGCUACUCGACCUACUUCCUGGGGGGGAAAGGUGUGGAGUUUGCACUCAAGUUGAGACGCUGA